UAUAAACCGACAACUGUUGAAUUUCAUUUAUAAAUUAAAAUGAAGAUUGUGGCAAUAGAUUAGAUUGAAAUUCUCGUCUAUUCUCUCUCUAACUCUGUGUGCUUACAGUUUACGCUUUAUAUUAUUCGACUGUUUCGCCCUAUCAAGCUCAAAAAGAUGGCAGAUGGUCAUGAAACUGAUAAGAACAUUGAGAUAUGGAAGAUCAAGAAGCUCAUUAAGUCAUUGGAAGCUGCUCGAGGCAAUGGUACCAGUAUGAUUUCUCUUAUCAUGCCUCCACGUGAUCAAAUACCUCGUGUUGCGAAGAUGCUUGGAGAUGAAUAUGGGACUGCAUCUAACAUCAAAAGCAGAGUGAAUCGUCAAUCGGUUUUAGGUGCAAUUACAUCUGCUCAGCAGAGACUGAAAUUGUACAACAAGGUUCCUCCAAAUGGGCUUGUGUUUUACAUUGGAACCAUUAUAACUGAAGAUGGGAAGGAAAAGAAAGUCACAAUUGACUUCGAACCUUUUAAGCCCAUAAAUGCAUCCCUAUAUCUCUGUGACAACAAGUUUCACACAGAAGCACUGAAUGAACUUUUAGAAUCUGAUGACAAGUUUGGUUUUAUUGUUAUGGAUGGAAACGGGACCCUUUUUGGGAUAUUGAGUGGCAACACAAGGGAGGUUCUUCACAAAUUCUCUGUCGACCUUCCUAAGAAACAUGGAAGAGGAGGGCAGUCAGCUUUGAGGUUUGCACGUCUGCGAAUGGAAAAACGCCACAACUAUGUAAGGAAGACUGCAGAGCUUGCUACUCAAUAUUUCAUCAAUCCAGUCACCAGCCAGCCCAAUGUGUCAGGACUCAUACUUGCUGGAUCAGCUGACUUCAAGACUGAGCUUGGUCAGUCUGAUAUGUUUGAUCCUCGUCUUCAGGCGAAGAUUUUGAAUGUAGUUGAUGUUUCAUAUGGAGGGGAAAGUGGCUUCAACCAGGCAAUUGAACUGUCUGCUGAGAUAUUAUCCAAUGUGAAAUUUAUACAAGAGAAGCGCUUAAUAGGCAAGUACUUUGAGGAAAUCAGCCAGGAUACGGGCAAGUAUGUUUUUGGUGUUGAUGACACAUUGAAAGUUCUGGAAAUGGGUGCUAUUGAUACCCUCAUCGUGUGGGAAAAUCUGGAUAUAGUUAGGUAUGAGCUUAAGAAUAGCUCUACUGGAGAAAUUAUCAUUAAACACUUGAACAAGGAGCAGGAGGCUGAUCAGAAUAAUUUCCGGGAUCUGAACACAACUGCAGAAUUGGAGGUUCAGGAUAAGAAGCCAUUGCUUGAGUGGUUUGCUGAGCAGUACAGACAGUUUGGUUGUACCCUUGAAUUUGUCACCAACAAAUCGCAAGAGGGAUCUCAGUUUUGCAGAGGUUUUGGAGGAAUUGGAGGAAUCCUCCGUUACCAGGUGGAUGUCCGAGCUUUUGAUGAGCUUUCUGAUGAUGGAGAGGUUUAUGACGAUUCUGAAUAGCAAUCAGCCAACCUUUCAAACUCCGGUGCAGUGGUUGAGUGGGAAACUUGCACCGGUGCACGAGGGCUCGCCCUUGACUUAACCGCUCAUUUAGUGCUGAAAAGAAUUCAACUGCUGCUGAGUACUAGUGGAUAAACUACCUGGAAAAGGACAGAAUAGCAUAAUCCCCUUCAAGUGUUGGGAGAGGAGGCAAUGUCAAGAGUUCGACUUUGCUGAUCAGAUAGAAGACUGAGUCCCUUCGUUCCAUCAAGUGCAUUUUAGGAACUCCACAUAUGCCCCCCUGUUGUUUGGUGAUUUGGAUCUUUAUGAUUUUACUUUCUGAAAAGAGACCUAUAUGCAUCUAGAAGUUUUAAGAUAUUUGUUUUGAGUCGAAUUUCACAGUUUAAGCAGUAUGUGUGUGGAACUUGAUACUUUACUAUUUAGAUUCACAAUGUUGGCGUUUAGUUCCUAUUUUGUGUUCUGAAAUAUUUAUGUUCUUGAUAUCUUAUGCUUGCACGAGUAAAUCA